AUGAGAUACAGUUCUGCUUCCAGCCAGGGGGACGUACCGCUGGCUCAUAUUUGGCAGAAGCUUGAAGUGACACGAUUUCAUUUAUCUACCUCUUUUGAGCCUUUUGCUUCUCAGACUUACCACGGCCGAAACUGCAGCGCCGAGGAAGGGAUCUACCAAGAUGCCACCCCCCUCUCCGGGAAGAUCGUGCUCGCCGUCGUCCUGGCGCUCGUCACGCUGGCCACGGUGCUCUCCAACGCCUUUGUCAUCGCCACGGUCUACCAGACGAGGAAACUCCACACGCCGGCCAACUAUCUCAUCGCCUCGCUGGCCGUCACCGACCUCCUUGUCUCCAUCCUCGUCAUGCCCAUCAGCACCAUGUACACUGUGACCGGCAAGUGGACGCUGGGCCAGAUCGUCUGCGAUAUCUGGCUGUCCUCGGACAUCACCUGUUGCACGGCGUCCAUCCUGCACCUCUGUGUCAUCGCCCUGGACCGCUACUGGGCGAUCACCGACGCCGUCGAGUACUCCACGAAACGGACUCCCAAGCGGGCAGCGGGCAUGAUCGCUCUGGUGUGGGUCUUCUCCAUCUGCAUCUCCAUGCCCCCUUUGUUUUGGCGGCAGGCGAAGGCCGAGGAAGUCUCUCACUGUGUGGUGAACACGGACCACGUCCUCUACACUGUGUACUCCACAGUGGGAGCCUUCUACUUCCCCACUCUGCUGCUGAUAGCCCUCUACGGGAGGAUCUACGUGGAAGCCAGAUCGCGGAUUUUGAAGCAGACGCCAAAGAAAGCAGGUAAAAGACUAACGCGGGCUCAGUUAAUCACAGACUCCCCGGGGUCGUCCUCCUCCGUCACGUCCAUAAACUCCAAGGCCCCCGAGGGAUCCAGCGAAACGGGCUCUCCCGUGUACAUGAACCAGGUGAAGGUGAAGGUCUCGGAUGCCCUGCUGGAGAAAAAGAAGCUCACGGCCGCUAGAGAGCGGAAGGCUACAAAGACUUUAGGGAUUAUUUUAGGAGCUUUCAUCGUCUGUUGGCUGCCCUUUUUCAUCAUCAGCCUGGUGUUGCCUAUUUGCAAGGACGCUUGCUGGUUCCACGGGGCCAUCUUUGACUUUUUCACGUGGCUUGGAUAUCUCAACUCCCUCAUCAACCCCAUCAUCUAUACUAUGUCUAACGAAGACUUCAAACAAGCUUUCCACAAACUCAUACGUUUCCGAUGCACAAGCUGAAAAUUUUGAAUGCGAUGUGUCCUCCGGGUCUGCCCCCAUGCACGCCCGU